AUGGCCUCCACGUCUGUCUUUGCACUCCUAUCGCUCGUCUCUUUCGUGAUCCUGCGAUCCUUGCAAAAGAAGAGAGAUACCAAGGGGCUUCCUUUACCCCCUGGUCCCCCACCUCUUCCUUUCGUUGGAAACGUGGUCGGAGUUGACACAAAUCAUCCAUGGUUGGCGUACUCAAGAUGGGGAGUCGAAUAUGGAGAGAUCGUUUAUUCUCGGCUCUUCAGUCAAGAUAUUGUGAUCAUCAACUCCGAAAGAGUUGCGCAUGACUUGCUCGACCGUCGGUCACAUAACUAUUCCACGAGACCCCCAGGGCUUAUACGCGUUCUCGACUUUUUCGGUGUCGAGUUUUCAUCAAUAUUUCUACCCUACUCGGACAGGUGGAGACUUCACAGGCGAAUCUUCCAUCAGGCAUUCCGUUCAGAAGCGGCACCUGCCUUCCGUCCGAUCCAGAUGCGUAAUGCUCAUAAUUUGGUGUUAAACCUACUAGCCUCACCGGAGGAGUACGGAGCCCAUCUCCACACGUUCAGCACGUCCAUUAUCAUGUCGAUCGUGUAUGACUAUGACACCGCGCCCCGUGAUGAUCCUUUUAUUGCGAUUGUCGAGCGUUCACUUGAGAUAUCUGUAAGAGAACUCAGACCCGAGGUUGCAGCUGUCGUAGGAGAGUUCCCGAUACUGGAGAAACUUCCUCCCUGGUUUCCUGGAGCAAACUUUGUAAGGGGUGCCUUACUUCAGAGAACCCUCGUUCCCGUGGUCGUGAAUACACCCUUCGAGCACGCCGCUGGCACGGCUGCAUCAUCCAUGGUGUCCGAUGCAUUGUGUCGUAUUCCAGAGCAUGCAAAAAAUGAACAGGAGGCCGUGGCUCUGGAGAAAGCGAUAAUGGAAGCCAGUGCCUCUGGUUAUGCUGCUGCCUCGGAAACGACGACUUCCACCUUAUACGUGUUCCUGCUUGCGAUGAUUCUCUAUCCUCAAGUGCAAGUACGUGCUCAAGCAGAAAUCGAUUCUGUCAUCGGAGAACUCGAAAGAUUACCUGACUGGGACGAUCGCGCUUCUAUGCCCUACGUCAAUGCUGUCAUACAGGAGACGCUGAGGUGGUUCCCCGUCGUGCCUUUAGGGAUUCCCCAUGCCACGGUAAACGAGGACGUCUAUGAAGGUUAUUAUAUUCCGAAAGGUGCUACCGUAAUGGCUAACGCAUGGUUUAUGUCGCGCAAUCCAGAGAAAUAUCCUGACCCGACGAGGUUCGUGCCCGAGCGGCACAUGCCGAAAGUCGCCGUCGAAGGGUCGUCGACACAUGGCCGUGACGACAUCUCAUUCGCUUUUGGAUUUGGAAGGCGUGUUUGUGUUGGACGAUACGUGGCAGAUGCUUCCUUAUUCGCCGCAGUGGUGAAUAUUUUAGCUAUUUUCCGGGUGCAACGCGUGCCAGGAUGGCAUGUCGGGCCUGAUGCUAAAGGGGUGGAGUGGACCGGAGGCGUAACAACACAUCCUGUGUUCCCUUGCAUCUUCACCCCUCGCCACGCCAAGGAAAGGGUGUCAGAGUUGAUAGGAGCGCAAUGUGGAUGA